AUGAUAGGCUUCGACCCCUGCGACUGUAUCGUCGACUGCAUCGGCUCCAUCAUCUGCGACUACCUCUGCUGCUGCUGUUGCGCGCCGUCGUCGCCCGGCGACGACGGACGCGGCCGACGAUUCCGAGUUUGACGCCUUUUUGCCGUAUACAAAGGCGAUUCACGGCACCGACAAGUACGACGUCGUCCUCGUCGCCGGGCGCUUCCGCGUGGCCUGUCUGCUGGAGGCGCACGCGCACGUCGCCGCGGGAGGCACGGUCUUUCUACAAAACGCGCAACGCUACCUCGCGCUCCACUACUCCCGGAACCAGCUCGCGACGCCGCGCCGCUGGCUCCCCCACGUCACCGCGUCCUACACGCUAAACGCGGCUGGCAAGCGGCGCAUCGGCAAACGGAACAAUGCCGUGCUCCGGAAGUACUACGACGUCGUCGCGAUGACCCCGGACGUCGUCGCGCUGCGCCCGAAGCCCUCGACGAAUGCGAGUUGGGACGAAGACCUGGCCGCGGCGCGGCGGGACCCGUGCUGA